UGCCUUGGAAAAGUGUGAGAAAGAGAGUGUGAAACGGAAACACCCUCCUCCAAUGGGUCAAUUUUAGACAAAUUUCAGUUACAUUUUGUCUUUCUUUCUUCUUAAUCUGUUGCAACCAAACUCUAAAUUUAUCUCUUCAUUACAUUUGACGGACUAUUUUACUCUUACUGUUCUAUUGGGCGGCCUUUUUGACUUCAAUAUUAUUAAUUUCAACCAUUUCUUUUCUCCUUUCUCGUAUAAAUAUAUACAAAUCCUACUCUCUUUUCUUACUUCCUUGUUAACUUCAACAAUUGUUCUUUCCUUCUUUUUUUUUUUUCUCUAUCCUGUUCAUUCUUUCUUUCUGGUGAAGAAGACAUGGAAGAUUCCACAACUGCAACUCAAGAGGAAGUACUGGGCAGCGGUGGCCAUAUUGUUAAAGGAAAGAGAACCAAGCGCCAACGGCCUCAAUCUCCAAUUCCGUUUAUCGUUUCAAGCGGAGAAAUUGCUUCUGGGUUUGAUCAGAAAACUGUGAAUAACGGUGACUUCCCGUCGUCGUCGCCGGUGAGUUCGGGAGGUGCAGUUGAUUAUUUAGAUAGCACCGAGGAAGACGAAGACAUGGCGAAUUGUCUUAUUCUUCUUGCUCAAUGUCAAUCACGAGACUCGCCUAAACUACAUCAAGAAGUAGAAAACAAUCAUCACGACGAGAUGGGUGAAAUUCAAAUACAUAAUAAAUUUAAUAGCAGGAGAUUUCUUGAAGCUCCAUCUUCAGGCUCAGGCAAAGCGGGAUACUAUGUGUAUGAGUGCAAGACUUGUAGCAGAACUUUUCCUUCGUUUCAAGCGCUAGGAGGCCAUCGAGCGAGCCAUAAGAAACCGAAAGGGGUGGUUUCGUCUGAUGAAGAAGAAGGCAAUUUCAGAAAUUUAUCUUCUCUUUCUCUUCAACUGAGUAGCAAUAAUAAUAACAUUAGAAGCAGCCAUAAUUUGUUUAGCAAGAAUCAAAGCAACAGUAAGAUUCAUGAAUGCUCUAUCUGUGGCGCGGAGUUCACUUCAGGACAAGCUUUAGGUGGCCACAUGCGGCGCCACCGGGCGCCGAUUGGAACAAGCACCGCCUUGUCAUUGACGCCAAUGAAUUUGGAAUCGGAAGAUCAAACAACUAAGAAACAAAGAAAUGUAUUGUCAUUAGAGUUGGAUCUUAAUCUUCCAGCGCCGGAAGACGAUCACCGGGAAUCAAAAUUACCCUUUUCUUCGAAGCAACAACAGCAGCAACCGCAGCAACAGCAACAACAACAACAAAAAUCACCUCUUGUCUUCUCCGCCCCUACUUUGGUGGAUUGUCACUAUUAAAGAAGAGGUAUUUAAUUUUUUUUCUUCUUUUAUUUUUUUUAUUUUACAACUUCUGGGGAAGUUAGCAUUCAAUGCAAUGAUUCGAAGAUGAAUUUCAUGUUGAUUAUUACCAUAAUUGUUUUCAUUCUUUUACUGGUGGAAAAUAUUACAAUGUUCAUUAUUUUUUUCAA